GGGCGGGAGUGUCCCGGGGCGCGGGUCGGGGCCGGGGACGGCGGGGAGCGCGGCGCCGCCGGGAUGUGGUACGAGAUCCUGCCCGGCAUGGCCAUCAUGGGCAUCUGCCUCAGCAUCCCCGGGCUCUCCACCAUGUACAUGCACCGCAGGUGCAACGGCGGCAAGGAGAAGAGGAUUGCCCGCUACCCCUUCCAGUGGACCCUGAUGGAGAGAGACAGGCGGCUGUCGGGCGUCAACAAGUACUACGUGUCCAAGGGUUUGGAGAACAUAGACUAAGAAGAAUGCUGUCUGAAGAAUUCCUAUAUCUCUACAAAAUGAUCGAACUCUCUAAUAAAGAUAAAUACAUGUA